CAUUGACUUGGCUUGGACGUGAACGCGCGCUCCGCGAGCUCCGGUCAUUCCUCUAUACUAUGUGCAUGGUCGCUCCCUCGGUGCUACCGCGCGGCCGUGGCUCACGUUCAGAGCAUGCCCGCCCGCCUGCCGCUUCUCCGCUCUGAAGAGAAAUCAACGGAAGACGUGCCGCUUGCACACAGCUGCAUCCGUCCGGUUUUCGUCCAUCUUUUCUAGUCAGCAUUGUUCCCUAUAACGGUCAUCAGCGAAUGGAUUGCUCCAUUUGAUUCUCCGAUUUGGUGAGAUGUUGUAUCGGAGGCUUAUAGCCUAUCCUUUUGAUUAGCACACCCCUCACCUCCCCUGCGCUCUCAUCUCACGGUGUAUGCAAUAGCGGCUUGUCGGGAUAGUCGGGGCAAAGAAAAGUAUGCAAUAAACAAGUGUCAAGUAGCUUUGGGCCGUUCGACUGGAGGGAAGGAAAAGUUCAAGUUGAAGGAGGAGGAUUAUGCAGUGAGUGCUGGAAACAGGUGACUGAAGUGGAGAUUGACAUCACUGAGGCCUGCUAGGACGCCCCUCCAUCUCCCCCUCACUACCUUCUGCUCCUGCUUCACUUCCAUCUCUUUUCCCUGGAUCCCUAUCCCCCUGCACCCAACUUCAGCAUGGAUAUGAAGGAUCGUAGGCACCGCUCCCUGACCAGGGGUCGCUGCUCCAAAGACUCUCAGUACAACACCGCCUCCUUGGAUGCAGAUGAGUGCCGUGUGCCUACUCAGAAGUCCUACAGCUCCAGCGAGACACUCAAGGCCUUCGACCAUGAGCAGAGGCUGCAUUACGGUGGCUGUGUGACUGACCUGGUCCACCACGAGGCUGAUGAGUACUCCAGGCAAGGGGGUAACUUCACCCUGGCCGAGCUGGGAGUAUGUGAGCCAGCUCCCCCUCCGCAUCCUGCUGCUGUUCCCUACUGUCCAGACCUGAGCCUCCUCCAGAGGGGUUACUCCCUCAGUGCCGGCUCUGAUGCUGACUCGGACCCUGAAGGGCCGCUGUCUCCAGAGCGAGCCAUCCAACUGUGGGCUGGACAAGGAAGGGUAAAGUCUCGGCGCAGCUCAGGAGUGUCCAGUCAUGAGAACUCUGCCCUGACCCUCACCGAUUCAGAAAAUGACAACAAGUCUGACGACGAGUCAGGUAGGACCAAGGACAAACUCGGUCAAUAUGGUAUAUAUAUAUGUAUUACAAAAUCCAAGCCCAACGAUUUGAGAGAGUGUGUGAGAGAGCGAUGUUCCCAGAGGGAUUCUCCAUCCUCUGGCAACUUUGUUUAUUGCUAACUUCCCAUUUCCUUGUUAAUCCCAACACAGUCGUAAACUUGCGUACAAGCUUUGUCGAGGUGUCAAUCGAGGUUAAUGAAAAGUGGAUGGAAGGAAAAGCAACAGUCUAAUUAAUUGAAUUCUCAGCAGCCGCACAUAUCAGCUGUGGAUCAACCUCUGUUGGACUGCAGGCCUCUGAAUCAGAGACAACUUCUGUCGACUGAUCAAACUACUCAACACCUAUUAAACACGUCAAGAAACACCUUCCCUGAGACGCGCCUCUCAUCCCAUCACCCGAUAAUUGCUUUGUGGUUAAUUACCAAGCUAAUCUUGCAGCUGCAGAUAUCAGCCGCAGACACUGCUCUCACUCUCUUUGUCUCAGGGCCAGGAGAAUGCCACUAACGUCCUGUCGUCUGCAUUUCUAGACCUUGUAAAAUUAGCUUCUUAAUCCGGUACUAUAUUGUGAUAAUCAUUUGCCUGCGGUAUGAUGUCACUGAGAGUUGAUUGUUGAGAAGA